CAGCACCAGAAAGAUUUAAAUAAUGGCAUAAACCAUCAUUUGUGUUGCAUCUCAAUAAAUCGAAAAGCAGAGUACAUGAACUCCAUGCUCAAAUAUUUGACGAAUUGGAGCUUGAAUAUUGAAUAAACUCUUGCUGAAUUUGAUUAAUAUCUCGAAAAUGUCAAUGGCUCAACCGUUAAAGAAGUUAGUGUCAUGUGUAAUUCUUGACUUGGACGGGACACUUCUUAACACAGAUGGCAUUAUAACCAAUGUUUUGAAAGUGCUUUUGGUUAAGUAUGGGAAACAGUGGGACGGGAGAGAAGCUCAGAAAAUCGUGGGGAAGACGCCUGUAGAAGAGGCAGCUGCCAUUGUGGAAGAAUAUCAGCUUCCUUGUACAACCGAUGAAUUUAUCGCAGAAAUUACUCCCAUGUUUAAUAAUCAGUGGUGCAACAUUAAAGCUCUUCCUGGUGCCAACCGAUUAAUUAAACAUUUGAAUGGUCAUGGUUUGCCUAUGGCACUAGCUUCAAAUUCACCUCGGGCAAGCAUAGAGUCCAAAAUUUUUUAUCACCAAGGCUGGAAGGAAUCGUUCUCUGUCAUUAUUGGUGGUGAUGAAGUGAAAAUGGGAAAGCCAUCUCCUGAAAUAUUCCUGGAAGCUGCUAAAAGGCUAAAUAUUGAACCUUCAAGCUGCCUGGUCAUUGAAGAUUCUGUUCCAGGUGUUACAGCUGGUAAGGCUGCUGGAAUGGAAGUUGUCGCUGUACCAUCAAUCCCAAAGCAAAGUCAUCUUUACACAUCUGCAGAUGAAAUCAUCAACUCUCUACUUGAUUUACAACCAGAAAAGUGGGGCUUACCCCAAUUUCAAGAUUGGGUAGAGGGUACCUUACCUCUAGAGCCAUCGUAUAUCGGUGGUCCUGUAAUUAAGGGAUUUGGUCGGGGCUCAAAGGUACUUGGAAUUCCUACAGCUAAUGUGUCAGCGGAAGAAAAUUCAGAUUUCCUUUCAGAGCAUCCCUCUGGGGUAUAUUUUGGUUGGGCUGGGUUAUCAAAUCGAGGUGUUUAUAAAAUGGUCAUGAGUAUUGGUUGGAAUCCUUAUUUCAACAACACUGAAAAGACUAUAGAGCCCUGGUUGCUUCAUGAAUUUCAUGAGGAUUUCUAUGGAGAGGAAUUACGUCUUGUUGUAGUUGGCUAUAUACGUCCUGAGGCUAAUUUCCCAUGCCUUGAGAGAUUGGUCGCAAAGAUUCACAAUGACAAGAAAGUUGCAGAAAGAGCCCUUGAUCUUCCAUUGUACUCAAAAUAUAAGGACGACCCACUUUUGAAAACCACUUUGUGAUAAGGCCAGCAUCGGCAGUCAUUGAUUCUGGAUAAGUGGCACUGAAGCUGUUGCUCGUGGGAGAUUAUUGAGUAUUACAAUUUUUUCUUACUUCGAUCAGAUGUGUUGCUACUCUCAUAAACUGUGGAGCUGGGGCAUAAAGUAAUGCCCUGGAAAGGCAAACUAAUAGUUGUAAUGAACCAUCUAUCUUUACUCAUGCUCGCAUUUGAAACUAAGAAAAAAUGCAAAUUUAAAUUCA